UUGUAGUUGGUAAACAGAGAAUUCUCUUAUUUAAAGGAAAUGAGACGUUAAGUUUGUGAACGAGUUCCACAACAAAAGGACUUAUUGAUGAAACCGCAACGUGUUCAGAGGUUUAUCAAGUAAACAAGUUUUUAAAAGUGAGGGAUUAAUCUGUCUGGGUAUGCGCGUGCCAAUCGACCGUAAACUGCUGUUCUUUGUAUCCAACCAAAUGUUGACAAGUAAAAUUGGGAACUGUUGAGUUGAACUUUGUGCAUUAAGGAAAACUUCGUCCGUUCUCUACAAGGCGAGCAAUUUAGAGAUCGUUACUCCAUUUUAAAGGGAAGUUUGAAGGGCGCAACACCUAAGAGAGGUAAAGCUAAAGGAAUGGAGACGAUGAUUGGUAUAAUAUUAAUGAUCACCAUGGCAACAAAUAUUCAUUACGUAACCAGCCAAGUUCGUCGCUUGAUAGUAAAGGGCGAGAUUGUCAUUGGAGGUCUGGUACCGAUACACGAUCAUGACUUAGUGGAUCAAACGCAUUGCGGAGAUCUUCAUGAACGCAUUGGUAUCCAAAGACUUGAGGCCAUGCUCUUUGCCAUCAACAACAUAAACAAAAACAAUUCCAUUUUGCAAGGUGUCACCCUUGGACUAGAGGUGUAUGACACCUGCUCUAGCGAGACAGUGGCUCUGGACAGGGCCUUACACUUCGUGCAAGACAGGGAGGCUAUCCGGGAACAUCUUUCCGCAAAUGGUUCCGUCAUGAUGGGUGUAAUAGGACCAUCUUUCAGUUCCAUCUCCGUGCAAGUUGCACAUCUGUACCGCUUGUUCCAGCUUCCGCAAGUGAGUUUUGACUCCACCAGUUAUGAACUGAGCGAUAAAACAAGAUUUGAGUUCUUCUCUCGUACAGUUCCACACGAUCUGUACCAGGCCAAGGCGCUAGUAGACAUCGCUAAAGUCAUGAACUGGACCUACAUCUCAAUUGUUUAUAGUGACGAUUCUUACGGCACGCUCGGCUAUCAUGCUGUCAAAGAGGAAGCAAAAAAAGCAGGUAUUUGUAUUGCUGUAGCCGAGAAGGUUGAAAUAUCUAGUCCAGCUGCUACAUUCAACAUAAUCAUCGAUAAACUCCUGCAAGAGACCGAAGCCAGAGGCGUGGUAGUUUUCAGCAGUCAGGAACGACAAAUCCGAAAUCUCCUGCAAGCUGCAAAAAGCAAAGGAGCAUCUGGGACUUUUCAGUGGUUAGGAACAGACGCCUGGGGAAACAUGUUGUGGUUAAAAGGCUUGGAAGAUGUGGCAGAGAACACCAUUACAGUUACUCCGAAAACUGUGGAACUGAAAGCUUUUAACGACCAUUUUUAUCGUCUGAAGCCCAGUGUGAACUCCAGUAAUCCAUGGUUUAACGAGUUUUGGGAGCAACAUUUCAAUUGUUCGCUUAAUAGAAGAUUGAAUGGUAAAUGUAGCCGCUUGAAUCUUAACGUUAUGAACAGUCCAGUGGAUAAUCGUGUCGCAAGUGCUAUGGAUGCCGUCAACGUGUUUGCACAUGCACUAGAUGCUAUGCUGAAAGAUAAGUGUUCGGGCGCGAGUGGUGUUUGCGAACGCAUGCGCAAUAUGUCGGGAAGAGAGAUCUUGAAGUAUAUCAGAAAUGUCUCUUUUAUAGGAGAAAGUGGUAAUCAUAUGCACUUCGAUGAAAAUGGUGACGUUGAAGGGCAAUAUGACAUUCUUAUGUUCACAAAGCGUGGAAACGAGUACAAAACUGUUCAAAUUGGCGAAUGGGACUCACACCUGUUGAAAAUGUAUUCAAAGGCUCUGUCAGUUUUUGGUGGAGUGUCUUCCUCUUGUCACCCAGUUUGUAAGAACAAAGAAGUCAGAGUGCCUGUUGCUGGUAGAGAAUCCUGCUGCUGGACUUGUACUUUGUGCAAUGGAAACCAUUAUAUAGUCAACGACAGCAUUUGCGAGCAAUGCCCUCUGGGAUACAAACCAACGUACGACGGACGCUCGUGCGUGAAAAUCGACAUCAUGCAUUUUGGAAAGAACUGGAUUCUUUCUUUAUCAGCCACCGCUUUUGCGGGUCUAGGAGUGGUGUCAACACUUUUUGUAAUCGGUGUGCUGAUCAAAUUUGACAAGACACCAUUAGUCAAAGCGUGUGGUCGGGAACUUUCCCAUCUUCUGUUGAUUGGUAUUCUGUUGGCCUUUAGUGUGACGUUUGUUACAAUACUGGAACCUACAGAUGUCACUUGCAUUGCACGUUUCUUUGGCAACGGUGUGGCUCUAACAAUUUGUUACGCGUCCUUGUUUAUAAAGACGAACCGCAUCUCCAGAAUUUUCAAUCGUAAGAACUUAGCUCGUAGACCGAUACUAAUCCUGCCCCUAUCGCAGCUUGUUCUGGUCGUUGGAGUGGUCUCGGUGCAGAUUUUACUUUUGGUAAUGCUUGCGCUUCUCCGGACUCCGCGAGCUAAAUUUUAUUACCCAGAAAUCUCCUCAGUUUACCUCGAUUGCUCGACUUCAAAUCUAGACUUUGGACUGUCUCAAGUGUAUAAUUUUAUACUAAUCACCAUGUGCACGAUUUACGCUUUCAAGACCCGGAAAAUCCCCAGUAAUUUUAACGAAGCGAAAUACAUAGCUUUUGCCAUGUAUUCAUCGUGUGUGGUAUGGCUCGCUUUCUUGGCGGUGUAUUACAUGGAACAAAAAUACGAACUGAAGCCUUUGAUCCUGUGUGUUAGCGUUUCUUUGAUAGCCUUUGCUCUCCUGUGCUGUCUUUAUGGGCCUAAGGUGUAUAUCAUCCUCUUUAGACCACACAGGAAUGUCCGGAGACACGUAAACCCGAGUUUGAGUCUGUCCAGCUUGAGCAAAGAGAAAGGCCAGAAUUCGAAGUCCACGCAUGCGUACGUCGGAAUGAACGAAAAUGCUGAAAACGAGGGUGAAGACAUCCCUAGUAGCAGCGCUGAGGAUGCAUUAGAAAAACAGAAGAUGAUCAUGUCUUCAGAUUCAAGCAAACAUGCCUCAGAGACGUGUUCGGAGGAAAACAGUGACCCCACCAAGAAGCUUGAGAUGGAGAAGCUUAUUAAGCAUCUACGAAAAGAGCUAAUCUCUACCAGGGAAACACUCCGCACGACACAAGACCAACUUUUCAGGCGCAUGCAGAAUGGUCGAGACUUGAGUGAAACGAACUUGCCACAAGGAUACGAGAAGUUACAAGCACAUAAAGGUGAAGCUUGUUCAGGGAAGACUUUAAACAACUGGCCGAAGGGAAAGACACCGAAAGUUUCUUAUGAGGAAGAAAAUAGUAAAGAAAACAUAUUUUGUAAACAAAAGGACUUCAAAGCAACUAAAAGACAGAAAUUUUUGCGCGGGGAAAAACCAAUUUCAUCUCAACGAAGGUUGCCAACUUGCGUUCCACUCAGUGACGUCAUGGAGGAUAAGGAUUUAGAAGGUGCUGGCCUAGAAAUCGGCAAGGAAAAAUUGAAUGAUACCGAAAAAAAACGUGCUCAUGUUGAUAGUAGAUGUUUUAGUGACCAUACUCCUCGGAGGAACAGUAUGACAGACACGUUACAAACUAGUAGAAGGAAAUCGGAUUCUGAUAUUGACUUGAAAACUGAAUUGAUGGAUCAACAUUUAUCAGAAGGGGUGGAUCAAAAGGAAGGCGAACAAGAUGCACAACUGCUGCACAAUAAAACUCCAUGUGAAACGUGUCAGUUGCUUCUGAGUGAUGAACAAAACAAUAGAGUUAUUUGCACCGCAUGUUAAAGAAAAGAAACUUAUUAAGUAGGAUUAUGAAAAUUAACUAGAUCUAACUAGGGAUCUUAGUUUAAUUCAGUGAAGAAGCAAUCGAGUUUCUACCGGUCCGGAUAGCUAGCUGUUUUAGUUCGGAUACUUGAUUGAAGGGAAGGCGACGGAGCCGCAAACACGCAAUUAAAAUAAAAGAACCUGCCAAGAGGCAAAAAAAUAAAAACAAAUUUUAUUGCGGUUCUUACUUCAAAAUUUUUUCUCCUUCUUAUUCUUCUCGCGUCAUGUCACUACUUUCUCGGCUUCGUCGCUCAAACUCAGUUCCACAAAACAACCUGCCAACACUGGCCAAGGGGGCCAAGUUUCACCCUGAGAACCAAACUUAUAGGGUUAAAGCUGGCUUUACUGGCCGUGACCGAUAUCUUUUGACAAAAAUUGCAAAUGUAAAUUAAAAGUUUGUUAGUGCCACUUGCGCACCGAUUUUGUUUGUGUAAGCCAAACAAAGAAAUGCAGACGAGUAAAGUAAAAUUAUACUUUUUCGAAGCCAUGCAAUAGCGGAAUGAAUCUUAUCAAUCAAGUGUAGUUUUUCAGUGGCUGUUAUUCAACUUUUACGUGCCAAGACGAAUAAACCUUUAAA